CCCAUAAUUUGUUAUUUCUACUUACAACGGAUUACAAAAUUGCCAAUUCUGUCGACUCCUAACGGUUUUUCUUCAUCAAGUUUCGUGCCAUGUGCAGUCAUCGAUAGUCCAACAAAAACGAAUCGCGUGCAAUCAUCCCUGGCGACACAACUGGUUGUGCAUAUGUAUGUCGCGAUAUUACAUACCUAUAUAAUAUUGCCAGCUCUGCACGUGAAAUCCGAAGGCGGCUGUAGUAAUCUGUGAUCAAAUCAAACAUGUCCAAAGCCAAGGGUAAGAAGAAGGAGCGCUUCGAUGACGACGAGGAGCAGCUGGAGAAAGUGCAGGAGAAGAAGGCCCCGACGAACAAGAAGGGCGGUAAGAAGGGAAAGCGAGGAGGUGGUGGUGGCGACUCCAGCGACGAGGAUGUCACGCCCAAGAAUCGGGACAACGAGGACCUGGAAAGCAUAGCCUCCUCGAAUCAGAGCAAGCAGCAGACUGCCGGCAAAAAGCAGGCCAAGAAGGGUAAAAAGGGCAAGAAGAAUGACGACUGGAGCGACGAGGAUGAGAAACCAGCGAAAAGUCUGCCUGCCAACGAUCUGGACGAUGAAGAUGACGACGAGGCGCCUCUGCCGCCCAAGCCAGCUGCAAAAAAGCCACAGCCCAGCAAGAAGAAUAAGAAGAACAACAAGAAGCACGAUUUCUCUGACGAAGAGGAACCUGAGCUGGACUUGGACGAUCUUAACGAUGAGGACGAGGUGGAAGUUGUUGCUGCCAAGCCAGCCUCCAAGAAGUCGAAGAAGAAGCAACAGGCUCAGCAAAAGAACAAGUUCGCCAUGAGCGAUGAUGAAGAGGAUGAGGUCGCCGAAGAUCUGCCAAAUGACAGCGAGGAAGAAGAGCAACAGGUGUCCAACAAGGCGACCAAAAAGUCCAAGAAGGAAAAUCAAAAACCAAAACUACCAUCCAGCGAAGACGAAGAGCCCGAAAAGGAAGUGGAGGAACAGAAAGUGGCCGAAGUCCUAAGCGAGAAAGUGGCUACAGUGAGUCUCAAGGAAAAGACACCUGAACCUGUAGCCGUACCCGAACCCGAGUCUGAAGCUCAACCCGAAGAGGAACCCGAAGCUGAGGCCGAUCCCAAGUCCGAGGACAGUAAGGAAACCAAGGAGAAGAAACUCACCCACAAGGAGAAGAAGAAGCAAAAGAAGCAGCAGGAGUACGAACGCCAAAUGGAGCUGAUGACGAAGAAGGGUGGUGCCGGGCACUCGGACUUGGACAACAAUUUCACCAUGUCGCAGGUGCAGAAAACCGCUGGUCAAAAGGCGGCUCUGGAGCAAGCCGUGGACAUCAAGAUCGAGAAUUUCACCAUCUCAGCCAAGGGUAACGAUCUAUUUGUGAACGCCAACCUAUUGAUUGCUAAUGGACGCCGUUAUGGUUUGGUGGGUCCCAACGGCCACGGCAAGACCACCUUGCUGCGGCACAUUUCCACCCGUGCCUUUGCCAUACCGCCCAAUAUCGAUGUGCUGCUCUGCGAACAGGAAGUCGUAGCUACCGACAAAACGGCCAUCGAUACAAUCCUGGAAGCGGAUGUGCGACGCACACAGAUGCUAAAGAAGGCCGAUGAACUGGAGAAACAGUUUGUCGGUGGCGAUUUGACUGUGCAGGAGGAGCUAAACGAUACCUUCGCGGAACUGAAGGCCAUUGGAGCGUACUCGGCGGAAGCCAGAGCACGAAGAAUCCUUGCCGGUUUGGGUUUCAGCAAAGAGAUGCAGGAUAGGCCCACCAACAAAUUCUCUGGUGGCUGGCGCAUGAGAGUGUCCCUAGCAAGAGCUCUCUAUCUGGAGCCCACGCUGCUUAUGCUCGACGAACCGACCAAUCACUUGGAUCUUAAUGCUGUUAUUUGGCUGGACAACUAUCUGCAGGGCUGGAAGAAGACCCUGUUGAUCGUGUCUCACGACCAGAGUUUCUUGGAUAAUGUCUGCAACGAGAUCAUUCAUUUGGAUCAGAAGAAACUGCAAUACUACAAGGGCAACUAUUCCAUGUUCAAGAAGAUGUAUGUGCAGAAACGCCGCGAGAUGAUCAAGGAGUACGAGAAGCAGGAGAAGCGCCUGCGAGAGCUGAAGGCCCACGGUCAGUCGAAGAAGGCAGCGGAAAAGAAGCAAAAGGAAUCGCUCACACGCAAGCAGGAGAAGAACAAGUCCAAGCAGCAGAAACAGGACGAGGAUGAGGGCCCGCAGGAGUUGCUGGCCAGGCCCAAGGAAUAUAUCGUCAAGUUCCGCUUCCCAGAGCCAUCGCAGCUUCAGCCACCCAUUUUGGGUAUCCACAAUGUCACCUUCGCCUUUCCGCCCCAGAAACCACUGUUCAUCAAGGUUGACUUUGGCAUUGAUCUAACUAGUCGCGUGGCUAUCGUGGGACCCAAUGGUGUUGGAAAAUCAACCUUCCUCAAGCUGCUGCUCGGUGAACUGGAACCGCAGGAGGGUGAGCAACGCAAGAAUCACCGCCUCCACGUGGGCCGCUUCGAUCAGCAUUCAGGUGAACAUCUUACGGCGGAGGAAUCGGCUGCGGAGUAUCUGCAGCGUCUGUUCAAUCUGCCUCACGAAAAGGCGCGCAAGGCAUUGGGUUCCUUUGGUUUGGUCAGUCAUGCCCACACCAUCAAGAUGAAGGAUCUGUCUGGUGGUCAGAAAGCUCGUGUGGCCCUCGCUGAGCUUUGCUUGAGUGCGCCGGAUGUACUCAUUCUCGAUGAGCCUACGAACAAUCUGGAUAUCGAAAGUAUCGACGCCUUGGCGGAGGCAAUCAACGAGUACGAGGGUGGUGUGAUCAUCGUCUCCCACGACGAGCGUUUGAUUCGUGAAACAGGUUGCACUCUCUACGUGAUUGAGGAUCAAACGAUCAAUGAGAUUGUUGGUGAGUUCGACGACUACAGGAAGGAGGUGCUCGAUUCGCUGGGCGAGGUGGUCAACAAUCCUAGCGUGGUGGCCAAUGCGGCUGUGCUGCAAUAACCCUCAAGUUGCAUACGGACUUGGAGUCCAUGCCACUGGUCAUCAUCUCGUCAGCCGGCUCGCUCUGUUAAUUGUUCAACUGUUGAAUGGAUUAUCCGCUAGUUAGCCUUUUUAUACCAACAUAUAUACAAUAACAAAUUGUGCAAGUAAAUGUUAUUACACAAGAGCGGUGAAGAAUAUUUUGUUUAUCUGAAGGAAUUGUGGGACGAUUUUGUUGUUUCUGAGAUAAUUAAACAAAUUUUAUUUAAA